AAGGAAAGAAGGACGGAGCAAGGGGGGACUAAAGGAAGCACAACAAGGCACGCGAAAAGGGGUGGGAAGGAACGAAUGAGUAGACAUGUGCGAACAAAAAGGGGGAAUGAAAGGAUAGGAAACAGGCAGUAAGGAAAAAAGAGAGGAAAGACCCUAGGGUGAAAGAAGAAAGGGAGCGAACUAAUUCAUUUUCACGUCGUCGCUUCUGUCCCGUGCAGGCUCGCCGUUCUGCGCGAAGGUCGUCAGAAAACUCGCUCAGCCUGCCGUUAACCCUCAAACCGUCAAUACGCACGCCACAUUCUUCAACACGCUGAGGUUUAACGCCACCGGCGGCCCGUCCCGCGCCUUACAGGCAGAGCUGCCCCGAGCACACGACAGAGAAGCACCCAGCGGGGCAUCACAGGCACCGAGCGCGCUCGACAGGCACCUGAGGGGAGGUGAAAAACGCGCCUGCGGUACAUACCGGUCGAGGACCAUGGACAGCGCCGGCAACUGCUCGGAAGCGGAUCAACGGAGCCAGCUGUGCUCGUUUUACAACAGCAGCAGCUUGUGUGGGAACUUCACCGACAACACAAGCUUCGCGGAGGGGAGUAGAGGGAACAACAUGGAAAUCGACGCCAAUCCGGUUAUCAUAGCGAUUGCCAUCACCGCUCUUUACUCCAUAGUGUGCGUCGUGGGGCUGGUUGGAAACGUGCUGGUCAUGUAUAUCAUUGUCAGAUACACCAAAAUGAAGACAGCCACCAACAUCUACAUUUUCAACCUUGCUCUGGCUGACGCCUUGGUGACGAGCACGCUACCGUUCCAGAGUGUUAACUACCUAAUGGGGACCUGGCCUUUUGGGGACGCCUUGUGCAAGAUGGUGAUGUCCAUCGACUACUACAACAUGUUCACCUCUAUCUUCACACUCACCACCAUGAGCAUCGACCGCUACGUCGCUGUGUGCCACCCCGUCAAAGCACUGGACUUCAGGACGCCACGCAAUGCCAAGAUUGUCAAUGUCUGCAACUGGAUUCUUUCCUCUGCAAUUGGGUUGCCUGUCAUGUUCAUGGCCUCCACUACUGUCACUUUAAACACAGUGGACUGCAAGCUGAAUUUCCCCCACCCUGCCUGGUACUGGGACACCCUGCUCAAGAUCUGUGUGUUCAUCUUUGCCUUCAUCAUGCCCGUCCUCAUCAUCACUGUCUGCUAUGGCCUCAUGAUCCUGCGGCUGAAGAGCGUGCGAAUGCUGUCGGGCUCCCAGGAGAAGGACAGGAAUCUGCGUCGAAUCACCCGGAUGGUCCUUGUAGUGGUUGCCGUCUUCAUUGUCUGCUGGACUCCUAUCCAUAUCUUUGUCAUCAUCUCAGCUCUGAUCACCAUCCCCAACUCCACUUUCCAGACUAUCACCUGGCAUUUCUGCAUCGCUCUCGGCUACACCAACAGUAGUCUAAACCCCAUCCUUUAUGGCUACCUGGAUGAGAACUUCAAGCGUUGUUUCCGUGAGUUCUGCACCCCAAGUCCUUCGGUGUUGGAGAUACAGAAUUCAUCCAGGACUGGAGCCAGUAGCCGCAAGAUCCCACAGCGCGAACACAUCAGCGCAAACACAGGAGAAAGGUCCAAUCAACAGGUAUGACUAGCCUUGGAGGGGUCGUCAGUGGACUCUCGCUGUUGUGGCAGUGUUCCCAAUGACGAUCUCAACUCAGAAGUCACCCAGGUCACCACGGGGCUCUGAUUAUCCACGUACACAUAAGCCACAUUCACACAACCAUUCAGGACACGGCUAAGACACAACAGCACAGAACAUUUUAGCCAGAAUGCUUAACUGCAUCACAUCAGGCCACUACUCUGCCAGCUAGUGUACCUAACUACAUGGCUGUGCAAGCUUUUUUACACAUUGGUUACAUCGAUUGGGUAGCAUAUGCGGACUGUUUGUGAAGUGGAUUUGUGGCAUGUUUCUUUUACUGGAUGCACAUGCUUCAAAUGUAGGUCUGUGUGAGUCUAAGCCAAAACAAUCCCUAAAUUCUAUCUGUUAACAGCUCCACACCUACAUGGCCAAAAAUGAUAGACCUCAGGAUCUAUGAUGAGGAGACACAUGGGAGAAUUUAAAUGGGAGAAUAAGGCGUCUUUAGCCUAUCACUGUGCCAAAAGGAGAUUUGUAAAAUAUUCAACUAAGACGCAACAAAAUUGGUCAAAGGAGAUAACGAUGCUAUAAUGCUGAAUCCCUUUUUUACAGCCCAGGUGGCCUCGAGGUAGCUGGAAAUCUAAAAUGGAAGCAGGUUUUGUUUUAAUGUGGGCUGUUGACAGUACAGGAGCCUUCACUGUGUUAUUUUAAAACAAAACAAAACAAAAAACCCACCACAUCUGAUUAAAAGGAAUGCACAUACCUCUCAUACAAAUGUAUAAAGAAGAACUGUCCUGUUUUUAACAUUUGCAGGGGGGACCUUCACCAUGUAGUCAUACUCAACUCAUACAAGUUAUACUCAAAGAAAACCAGUCAUUACCAUAUCAGGGUGUCUGAAUUGAAGUUUUUGCACUAAGUUGAGCGGUAUUUGUGUUACAUUAGUAUUGUAUGGACUACACAGAUUCAAUAUGUGCAUUAAACAUAAAAAUAUACUGACAGAACUAUAAAAGCCACUUUCACAAGCCACCGAUUGGUAUAUGUGUCUUGUUUUCUUCUUUCUGCUUUGUACAGAGCUGCCCCAUUUAUCAAAGUCUCUCGUAUUAACUAAUUCAUUAUAGUGUAAAAAAUAAAUCAGUUAAUUGUAUUUGUCAAGCUCAUAUGGCUUCACACCAGUCUGCCACUUUUUUUCCAGAUGUCUAAAAAGAACAGAUCAUCGUGUUGCUGCGCGGCACAGGAUCUGCUUAUUGUUGGUUCUUUUCCUGUGUAACUGCAUGAAGACAUGACCAUAGAGAAAAUGUCUUUCAUAGCUAAUUACAGCGCCUGACACUGCUUCUAUAUCAGAUCAGCAGCUUUUCACUUUUACACCUGGUUAGCAGAAAUUUCCGUUGAGUGAUCUACGUAGUGCCGUUCAAACUUUGGCCACUUCAAGAAGAUGAGUUGUGAGUUGCACUGCACUCGGUAACGAUUUCACCAUGAAGCACAGAUGUAGUACAGUAUUGUACUUUCUCUGCAAAAUCUGACAUAUGUACGAAUGUAUAUUUGUUUACCACAGUGCAUCCUUGUGGAUGCUCUAAACCAGCAAAAAACUUUCAUCAGCCCGUCCUGCACAACCUUCAGUGUGUGCUGUUGCAGCAAAUAGUGCAGACGUAUGCUUUUACCAGUGUAUAAUUAAGCAGCCAUUACAACAGGUAAGGGUUGAAGUGGAGUCACUUCUCUGAAAAAGUUUAGCCAAGCAGGACUGUAACACCUGUUGUAAUCACUAGAAUUCCUUGUGCUUACGUGUUGUGCCAUAUGCCAAACUUGAGCGCCUUUUUUCAUAGUAGCUCUACGCGAUAUUCAGUGUACUGGUAUUUUUUUCUAAGGAUCUGUAAAAGUAAAUGAUUGUAUUAAUCUGCCAUGUAAAAUAUUGUAAGUAUUCUGUCGCUUUUUUUAACGAAUGUGAAAUCAUUAAAAUCAGUGUGGUACUAUACAUAUAUAUAUAUAUAUAUAUAUAUACAUAUAUACAUUUUGUCUUUUAAAUCUGCUUUUAAUCGGGACGUGUGUAAAUCAGAAUACUGUGUAUGUAAAUUGUUGUACACAGAGAGUUUAACUUUGGAAACUGUUUUUGAUGAAAACUGCUAUACGAGGAUGGCACACUGUGCAUACUGCUUCAAACUGAAAGACUAAACUGUAGAUGAUUCUUUGCAGCCCAUCAAGCUUCAAAAUAGCAGCAAAAUUUGCUCCGUGGUGCAUGAACUGUCAAAUGUUGUAUCUCAAGUGCAAUGUGUUCUUCAUUUGGCAACGAGAACAUUAUGUUUCAUUUCACAAAACACAUCAUGUAAACAAAGGAGUCAAAUGUCACCUUUUGUGCAGUGUUUCAGGCCAGGAAUGAAGAGAAGGAAUAAACAGUUGCGGCAGUAAACAAAGGGAGGAAGGGUUUUAAUCGGACUAUGUUUCCACCUGAAGUCUAGAGAAAUUCCUGUUUAGAUAACUGGAAACUUUAGAGUGGCUAUAGCUGAGUGUGAGAGCUGAGAGUUUGCCACAUUUGUUAACCGUGUCGUAGAUUAAUGAUCUCUUCAGGGUAAAUGAUGACCUUCGGCGUAUUGUAUAACAAGAAAAUUUGUUAUGCGGAAAAAGCAUACAUGCUAGAAAAGUUUAGGUGUGCUCUAGUGUUGCAAAUAACUAAAUAUCAGCGAGCCAGGCAAUCUGUUUAAAUUUCUCCAAUGCUGAAGCUAUGUGCAUGGCAUUGUUGUAUUUGAAAGUUGUCUUUCAUGAGUUUGUUUGUGUUUGUAUGAAGUAAUUGUUGCAAUCAUUGUACAGGAGCAAUCAGAGGAAGACAAACACGCUUGGAAAAAAGAAACAUAA